CCGCCAGCAGGGAAGAGACAACCUGCGGAGUGUCAGGAGCAGAGUGUCCCUGGUUACCCGGUCGUUCCUCCGCCACUCCAUCUACCAUUGUGACGUCAUGUUACUGUUGCGGCGGGACGGCUGCGUUCCGGUUCCGGAUGGUUGCCGGGGAGUGUGGGUACACAGAGCAGUCCCGAGGGACGUCGAGGGGUCGCGGUGAGCGGACCCGCGUGACGUGAGCCGCGGCACCAUGAGCCAGCGGCAGGUGCUGCAAGUGUUCGAGCUGUACCAGAACGCCAGGACCCGGUUUGUGCAGAUGGUGGCGGAGCAGGCAACCAGACCCCAGAACAUCGAGACACUGCAGAAUGCGGGUAUAAUGUCUUUGCUGAGGCCUCUUCUUCUGGACGUGGUCCCAACCAUUCAGCAGACUGCCGCCUUGGCCCUCGGAAGACUGGCCAACUAUAACGACGACUUAGCUGAAGCAGUUGUAAAGGGUGACAUUCUUCCACAGCUUGUGUAUUCAUUGGCAGAGCAGAAUUGCGUCUACAAGAAAGCGGCUGCGUUUGUGCUGCGAGCAGUUGGUAAGCACUCCCCCCAGCUGGCGCAGGCCACAGUUGACUGUGGUGCUCUGGACUCACUGGUCAUCUGCUUGGAAGAUUUUGACCCCGGAGUCAAGGAAGCUGCAGCCUGGGCACUUGCGUAUAUUGCAAGGCAUAAUGCAGAACUGUCACAAGCUGUGGUGGAUGCAGGAGCUGUUCCUCUUUUAGUACUCUGUAUCCAGGAGCCAGAGAUUGCUUUGAAAAGGAUCGCUGCCUCCGCCCUCAGUGACAUCUCCAAACACUCCCCAGAGUUAGCGCAGACCGUCGUGGAUGUGGGAGCUAUUGCUCACUUAGCCCAGAUGAUCCUCAACCCUGAUGAGAAGCUGAAGCAACAGGUCCUCGCAGCGCUGAGUCACAUCUCGAAGCACUCUGUGGACUUGGCAGAGAUGGUUGUGGAGGCAGAAAUUUUCCCAGUCGUUCUCACUUGUCUGAAGGACAAAGACGACUUUGUGAAGAAGAACGCUUGCACUCUGAUUAGAGAGAUCGCAAAGCAUACACCGGAGCUCUCCCAGCUCAUUGUUAAUGCAGGAGGCGUGGCCGCUGUGAUCGACUGCAUCGGAUCCUGCAAAGGGAACAUUCGUCUGCCUGGCAUCAUGAUGCUGGGUUACGUGGCCGCUCAUUCUGAGAACCUGGCCAUGGCAGUGAUCAUCUCCAAGGGUGUACCCCAGUUGUCAGACUGCCUGUCAGAAGAACUGGAAGAUCAUAUUAAGGCUGCAGCUGCCUGGGCUCUAGGGCAAGUUGGGAGGCACACUCCAGAGCAUGCUCGGGCUGUCGCCAUCACAAACACGUUGCCAGUGCUGCUGGCUUUGUACAUGUCCCCAGAGAGCUCUGAGGACCUGCAAGUGAAAAGUAAAAAGGCCAUAAAGAACAUCAUCCAAAAAUGCACCUACCUCCCGGCUCUUGAGCCGUUUCUCUAUGAUGCGCCUCCCAAUAUCCUGAAGUAUGUGGCUGGGCAGUUCAGUAAGGUGCUGCCUCACGACAGCAAAGCUCGAAGGCUUUUUGUAACCAGUGGUGGACUUAAAAAGAUCCAAGAGAUAAAAGCAGAGCCUGGUUCCAUCCUCCAAGAGUACAUCAACGACAUCAACAGCUGUUACCCAGAGGAAAUAGUAAGGUACUAUUCUCCUGGAUACUCAGACAUACUUCUGCAGAGGGUCGACAGCUAUCAGCCACUCACUAACUGAACAGAGUCUAUUACAACACUCAGAUUCACAGAAGAGUGAGGACAAUUGUGAAAGACCUUUCUAAAAUGUCUGAGCCAAGUACAUCCUAGUUUUCUUCGAUGUGAAAAACUUUAAUGUUUUUUAUAUUUAUGUAAUCCUUUAGAAAUAGCUGUAAUGUAUGAAAAAAGAUUAGUUAUAAUCAUUUGCAUGAAUAAAGAAAAAUUAAAAGGCAA